GAUCAAUGGAUACGGGUGACCUUGACCUGGGCAUCGUACAGACGUCACACCGUCAUCGCCAUCUGAUCAUCACUGCCUUAUUCGCUCUAGCUCCAUUCUAUAGAGAUAUCUUCCAUUCUCAGUGAAAGCCAAUAACAAGAAAUGCUGCCCUCUCUUGUACAAUCCACUUACACAACGCCCUUUCAAUCCACUAUUCAAGCUAAUUUGAAGAACACUGAUACUGGUUUUCUGCCCAAAUCACGGUUUCCCAGUUCUGAUGUUCAUCACCCAUCAAAAGCCCUGAAAAAAUUGCUUUAUCUAAGCAGAAGAUCUUAUACCACUGCAUCUAGAAGGCUCACAACAAAUGCUUCUUUGCUUGAGGCUCCCGUUUUGUGGGCUGGAAGGCUCUGCAUAUUCUACGCACUCUUGAAGGCUGGUUUAGCUGGAUCCAAAGCUAACCCACUUGUCUCUGGUUUGGAUGGUGCUGGUGCUGAAUCUGGUGAUUUGGGUUUCUCUAAGUGGCUUGAGAACAUACAAGGGAAACCGGCAGAAAAGGAAGCAGCUGAAAAAAGGAAAUUGGUGAGCAAAUGGCAUCCUACAACAAAGGGAACACUUAGAAGGAACUACAGGGUCCCUUCCAAAUCUGAAGGAAGACGCCUUCUCAAAGCAAUUACAUCAUUACUGUCCGAUGAUGAUCAUUUUACUGAUGCCACUUCCCACAAGGGUUGUCAAAUUAGGAGAGAGAGCGCUCAUGGCGAAAGUGUGUGCUGCAACAAUGUAAGGGCUCUGUUUGAUGAACUCCCAACCCCACACCUAGUUGUGGAAAUCACAGCUUUUCCUGCAGGCCCUCUAACAGAAAAAGACUACAUCAAGGCUGAGAAAUUGGAGAGAGUGCUUAGAUCUGGCCCUUCAGUCUGAAGCAUUCUUCAAAACCUUCUUGUCUGAUAUCACCUUUUGUAUGUAUCCUAACUUUCACUUGUACAUAGGAAUCAACGAAAUGGGUUGUAAACUUCUGCCCUUUUUCUUACUGGGAACCAUUAGUUCUCAUCUGAUCAGAUUCAGCUGCUUAAGUUUUCUUCAGCUUAAACUUACCUGAUGGCUGAAUAGUAGACAAUGCAUCACUUUCUUGA